AUGUUACAGAGGUUAUUUGAAAAUUAUUGGAUAUACUUGACAUCUAAAGAUAUUUUAAGAUAUGAGAAAGCAUAUGUGAACUCAUGUUUCCAGAAUCACACUCUUUUCCACAAGGCUCUUAAAGAGGCUUUUGAGGUCUUUUGCAACAAAGGUGUUGUUGGAAACUCUAGUGCAGAACUUCUUGCCACUUAUUGUGAUAACAUUCUCAAGAAAGGAGGAAGUGAAAAAUUGAGUGAUGAAGCAAUUGAAGAAACUCUUGAAAAGGUGGUAAAGCUGCUCGCCUAUAUUAGUGACAAAGACUUGUUUGCUGAGUUCUACAGGAAAAAGCUUGCUCGAAGGCUUCUUUUUGACAAGAGUGUCGAUGAUGAUCAUGAGAGAAGUAUUUUGACCAAAUUGAAGCAACAGUGUGGAGGACAGUUUACCUCGAAGAUGGAAGGAAUGGUUACAAAUUUGACACUGGCAAAGGAGAAUCAAACUAGCUUUGAGGAGUAUUUAAACAAUAAUCCUAAUGCAGACCCUGGAAUAGACUUGACAGUUACAGUUCUAACUACUGGCUUCUGGCCUAGUUAUAAAUCUUUUGAUCUCAAUCUUCCUGCAGAAAUGAUCAUGGUUAGUCAAGCUGAUGAUGUUGCUGGAAUCAUAUCUUCUAAAGCCGGCCUGCAGUAUGUUGGACCUGACUUGGAUGCAAUGAAAGCUGUUGCAGAUGCUCAUUCCAAAAGAUCCCUGAAAUUAUUUGAAACUGCUUUACGAGACUUCAAGGCGCAGUUGGAGGAAGAUCCAAUUGUUCAUAGGCACUUGUCAUCGUUGUAUGACACCCUUUUGGAGCAGAAUCUUUACAGGUUGAUUGAACCAUUUUCAAGGGUUGAGAUUGCACAUAUUGCUGAAGCCUUAUUUGAGGUUCUGGAUGAAAUUCACCAGCAAUCAGUGGUUUUAUCUUCCCACCUUUCUGUAUCUUCUAUCGGAUCUGUUCCCGCGCCUGUUGAAGUUGUCGAAUCCUUACCAGUUAAAAUAUACACAAUGUCACACAAACAUCAAGAAGAACCUGUACAAUGCUAUAUAUGUCUUAUGGAGUAUGAAGAUGGAGACAGCAUGCAAGUACUUCCUUGCCAUCAUGAAUUUCAUACAACAUGUAUAGACAAGUGA